CGGGGCCGGGGAGACGGGCGGCGGCAGCUGGAGCCUCGGUUUGGCUUCCUUGGCGGGAUGUCUUGGGCCCGUUGCAGAGCCCUGCACGCGGCGCUGAGGCUCGCGGCUGGGCCCCCGCUCGGGAGCGGGCCGGCGAGGCGGGGGCUUAGUGCACGGCCGGAGCCGCAGGAUCCCGGGAUGGAGUACCAGGAUGCUGUGCGGACCCUCAACACCCUUCAGACCAAUGCUGGCUUCCUAGAGCAGAUCAAGCGAGAACGGGGAGACCCACAGGUGCAGCUAGAAGCCAUGAAGCAUUAUUUAGUCCGAAGCGGGCUGCAGAUAGAGGAUUUAGACCAGCUGAAGAUCAUCCAUGUGACUGGGACCAAAGGGAAGGGCUCCACUUGUGCCUUUACGGAACGCAUUCUCCGUGGCUAUGGCCUGAAAACUGGAUUCUACAGCUCUCCUCACCUGGUGCAGGUUCGGGAGCGAAUCCGUAUUAAUGGUGAACCCAUCAGCCCCGAGCUCUUCACCAAAUACUUCUGGCGGCUCUACAACCGACUGGAGGAGACUAAGGAUGGUAGCUGUGUCAGCAUGCCCCCUUACUUCCGCUUCCUUACCAUCAUGGCCUUCCACGUGUUCCUCCAAGAGAAGGUGGACCUAGCUGUGGUGGAGGUGGGCAUAGGUGGUGCUUAUGACUGUACCAACAUUGUCAGGAAGCCAGUGGUCUGUGGGAUAUCAUCUCUGGGCAUAGACCAUGUCAAUAUCCUGGGUGACACUAUUGAGAAGAUUGCAUGGCAGAAAGGGGGCAUCUUUAAGCCUGGAGUCCCAGCUUUCACUGUGUCCCAGCCAGACUCCCCCCUGGAGGUGCUGAAGGACCAAGCCCGAAAGCUCAUGUGUCCGCUGUACCUGUGUCCCCCACUGGAGGCCUUUGAGGAAGAAGCCCAGCCCCUGCACCUGGGGUUGGCAGGCGAUCACCAGCGGGGCAAUGCCGCCCUGGCUCUGCAGCUGGCCCGCUGCUGGCUCCAACAACAGGGCCACAAGGGUAUUGGGGAGCUGAAGGCCACCAGGCUGACCUCCCAGCGAGCCCUGCCCCUAGCUCCUGUAUUCUAUCCUACCCUGUCCAUGAAGCAGGGGCUUCAGGACACAGAAUGGCUAGGCCGGACACAGAUGUUGAGACGAGGGGCCCUCACCUGGUACUUGGAUGGGGCUCACACCACCAGCAGCAUUCAGGCCUCGGUGCGGUGGUUCCGCCGAGCGGUGCUCGACCAGGAGAAGCUUAACAAUGGCCCUGAAGUUCGGGUUCUGCUCUUCAAUGUCACUGGAGAACGAGACACAGGGGCUCUCCUCAAACUGCUGCAGCCAUGCCAGUUUGACUACGCCGUCUUCUGCCCCAACCUGACUGAGAUGUCUUCUGUGGGGAAUGCAGACCAGCAGAACUUUACAGUCACCCUGGACCACAUGCUGACACGAUGUCUGGAGAACCAGAAACAGUGGAACCAGCUGGCAGAGCAGAAGGCAGGCGUGGAUCCCUGGUUGGCCCAGGCCCCAGAACCUGGCAGUGGACCCCUGCAUGGGCCUCUUCUCCUGGUGCCCCCCGCUCCCCGGCCUCUUAACACCAACUCCCUUGUCUUCAGCUGCAUCUCCCAUGCCCUGCAGUGGAUCAGCCAGGGCCGGGACCCCCACUUUCAGCCCUCCAGCCCUCCCCGGGGGCUUCACUCCCACCCUGUGGCCAGCAGUGGGGCUGUCCUCCUCAAGGAAGCCUCCUCCAUCCAGGUUCUGGUCACUGGCAGUCUUCACCUGGUGGGUGGUGUCUUAAAGCUCCUCGAUCCCACACUGUCCCAGUAAUGGGGCUGGAGCUCAUUCCCAGAGGGAGUAGCUCCCUCUGCCUGUGGCCUUUUCAUUUCCAUUCUUCCUCUCUUCCCCAUUUUCCCCAAACUCCUCCACAUCCGACAGGUGCCUUUUUCCUUCUGCUUCUGAACUUUCCAUGCCCUGUAAGGCAUCCUGAUUUGAAGAAGGUGAGGUGUGGAGUGGGGAGGUAGGGUGGGGUGAGAGAAGGCCUCCACCUUUGUUACCUCAGAAGGGAGCUGCACAUAUGUGCUGGCCUCCUCCUCUUGGGAGGCCAGGAGUGACCGAGCUGGGCACUGAGCUGUUUCUCCAGUCUCCAGUGGGCACAGCUUAUCUCACUGCAGUAAGACUCAUCAGGAUUCCUGGGUCUCAGUCCCAACCUAUCCUCUACUAACAAACUGUGCUGACUUACACAAGUACCCUUGAGGCAACCCACUGUGCCUCAGUUAUUCUGUCACUGGAAAAUGGGAGGAGGCACACCCCCCUCCACUGCUGCUGUUACAGCCCUUCCCCCACCCCCCAUGCUGCCCUAGAGAGCACCCAGACUCUGACACCCCCAGCCCCCGCCUGGGUGUCCUCGGGAGCCCGGAAGCUUUGGAGCCGGAGGCCUUCCUGGCCUGGGCCCAGUGCAUUGUGUGAGCAGGCUGGCUGGAGGCCCAGGGCCCUGCUGCUUGAUAGAUUUCCUCCUCCCAGAGGGUUCUGGGAAAGCUGAGGGCCCUGACCCUGGGUGGGGUUUGCUCCUAAGGAGGGGGCGGAGCAGAGUCAUGGAGUACCAGAUGAUAGUGAGUGAAAGCUUUUUUAAUUAAAAAUCUUUUUUUCGCAAGAGACUUCUGCCUCAAGCUUCCCUGACUGCCCAGACAAACAAGAAGGUUGAGAUCCAUGACAUACAGCUUAGGAAGAGCCUGGAUUUUCAGUCCCACUUCUUAGGAGCUGUGUUCCCUUUGCCCACAUCCACCAUUGGGAGCUCAGAGAGGAACCUCUAGAAAACGCUGAGGCUCGACCACAUGAUCCAGUCCUUUCCAGCUGCCCACGUUCCUCUGUCCCACCAGCAGCCCCCUUUCUGGUCCCCCCCUGAACAUGAGGGCCCUGAAAGCCCAGUCCAGUCUAUACCAGAUAGGCUCCGGAGUCGUACUAAGCAUUCUGGGCCAAAGAUCAAAGUGGGUCCAGGCAUCCUUGUGAGGAGCCGUUACACUGACGUCCCCUACCCUUAAUCUCUUUAAUAGAGAAAGAACGCUGGAUAUAAUUUCCAGGCAGCUAGGUGGCAGAGUGGAAAGAAUGCUGGAGGUGGAAUUGAGAAGACCCAGGUUCAAAUCCUCCCUCAGGCACUUAAUGAUAGCCGAGUGACCCUGGGCAAGACACUUGAUCCCUGCUUGCCUCGUGUUCUUCUUCUGUAAGAUGAGGGUGAUAGCACCGACCUCCCAGGUUUGAUGUGAGGAUCAAAUGAGAUUCUUUCUAUUUGUAAGUUUCUCUGCAAACCCUGAAGCACUGGAUAAAUGCUAACUGCAGUUAU